UGUGAUGAUUAUUGUUACAGAUACAGCAACAUUGUCGUUUGAAGCAUGUCAAAUCAUUGUGGAUGACCAUUUCGUUCCAUAGAUCUUAUAUAAUGGCUAGACAAGGCAAACAAGUGCAGGUCAUAUUCGAAAACAUUGAAAGUGAAUACCACGAGACAUUACCGGAAGAUAUCAUGUCAAUAUGUGAAAAUUUUGCGGAAAGUCUAUCAAAGGAACGCCUGACAAAGCUGCUUGAAUUAUUGUACGAGUUUAUCAUGCUGGAACUAGCGAAGAGGGAAAAUAAAGAUGCUGAAGAUUACUUUGAUAAAAGUCAAUAUAGACUGAAGGACUGCCUUACGGCGUUUGAUGAUCUAAACGGACUAAAUGUAGAUGUUCACGAUAUCCCAACUUCUGUCCUCAGCAUUCAUUCUCUGCAUAUGUGGAUUGUUGUUUCAAAGAGUUUGGAAUCAAGAGGACUUGAGAAUAAUUAUGAAACUGAAAUUUGAACGGACAUACAUCGAGUUGUUUCAGUAAUAACAUGGGAUAAAAUAGUUAUUGUUCUGUUUUUUUAAGACAGAAUAUCAAAUGAACUUUAAAGUGGUAAAUUUACUUUCCUGGAUGUUUUAUGGUUGAGGUAUUGUUUUCUAGGUUAUAUCUUGAUUUGAUUAUUAUUCAAAUUUCAUGAUAUCAUUUAUCCAAUUGUAAAUAUGUCUAAUUAGCAUGAUAUAGUUAUAUCCCUAAAAAAAUUAUUAAGUUAGCAAACUAUUUGAAAAGUUUUUUUUUUCAAAAAUGCUGAAUGCAGAUGUGAAGAAGUGUAUUGUCACCUUUGACAUCUGCCAUUAUAAUAUAAAAUCGGAAGCUACAUAUAUUGUACAAAUUCUUCAUUAUGAUAAUGUCAUGAAAUAUUCCUGAAAAUGUAGUUUACAUCGUCAUAGUAAACGAAGUGAAAUAGAAAAACGAUCAAGUAAAUAUGAAAGUUCAGCAUGGAUGAAUAAAUAUAUUCGUGGCCCAAAACUCUGUAAUAUAUGUGAUAAUAUUCUCUUCAAUAUUUUAUUUUUGGUUGAUUUGUGUUUGAAUUGCAUGUGUAAGUAAGGUACCUGUUUAUGAUUUCAGACUUAUUCGUCUUCAUUUAAUUCAAACAUAUAUAAUACGAAUGCGUACGAGUGUCUGUAUGAUUUGUUUAAAAUUAAAAUUAUAAUGAGUAUGUACUAUAACAAUUUAGAAGUUUUCAUUGUGUAUUAAAUAUUGUUGUCUUAUAAAAUGUGUGUUUGUGUGAUUAAACAUAUUUGACAUCCUUAUAUUGCAUAUAUUUAUGAUCUGUUCAUAUUAUGCAUCUCUAAGUAAAAUGGAGGUUCGUCCUUCUGAUUUUGUAUAUUUCUGUGCUGUAAAGGGUUUGGCUUACUUAUAUUGUUUAAAUGAUUUGAAAAAUUGACCUUUUACAAUUGUGUAUGUCUCUGAUUGAUAGUUUUUGACGUUCAUAUUGUGAUUUUCCCUGAUUUAUACUAUUUGGUCCUUUAUAGUACAGUGCACAUUAAUAUAAAAAAUGUGAUCUUUUACAUGUUGUAUGUGCUUGAUUAAACAGAUAAAGCAUCUUAACAUUGUUUUUAUGUUUAAUCAGAUUAUGUAUAUUCAUAUGAUGCGUGAAAACGGCUGGAUAUUUUAUAUUCCUUUGCUUUGAUUGAAAGGAUGUUUCUUAUUAUUCUCGUACUGUGUCUUCAGAUGUGUUAAGAUGUUUGACAUUGUUUUAUAUUAUAAAUGUUUAUGACUGAAAAGCUUUGGAUUAUUUAUUAUACGGUAUUUUUUUAUCUUAGGAGUUUGGUCCCUUAAAUUGAAUAGUUCAACUAUUUAAAGCAUUUCACCAUUUCAUACAGGUACUGAUUGUCUCUAAAACAAACACAUAGACCUAUUUAUUUAUUCUGUGUGUUUACUAUGAUUAGACAUAUUUGACCUGUUAAUAUUGUAUAUAUCUAUACCUGAAAGCAGUUGGUCGUAGUGUAUCUAUGUUAAAACAAAUUACAUAAUGUGUGUUUAAGGCUACAAUGUUUUGGCAUUUUUUCACAUUGCGUAUAUACGGUUUAAAUUUUAGGUAUUUCUAUUAUUGUGUUAUUUUUAUUACUUAUAAUAUUUUUCCUUUUGACAUCGUGUUUUUCUAUUAUCAAAGUGAUUAAUUAUCAUGUUCCAAAUUUAUGCAAAUAUAUAUUUUGAGACUAAUUUUGUCAUUUUAUAUUCAAUUUGUUUAUUUCUAUUAAUUUUAAAUCUUUAUUUCGUGAAUUUAUAUUUUUAAACUGCUAUAUUUUUUUCUUCCAAUAUAUUUCCAAUUGUAAUUAUGUCUAUCUAACAUGCUUAAUUAUGAUACUUUAACAUAUACUACUAUCAAGAUUGCAAAAUAAUUCAAACAGUAUUUUCAACAAUGCUGAAUGCAAGUGUGAUGAAGUAUGUUGUCACCUUUCAUAUAUACAAUAAUAAAAUUGAAACGGAAGCUACAUAUAUUGUACAUAUUCUUACUUAUAAUAAUUUCAUGAAACAUUCCUGGAAAUAUAGUUAACAUCGCCAUAAUUAAAGUCAUGAAAUAAAAAAUGAUAAAAUAAAUCUAGAAGUGCAGCAUUGAUGAGUGAAAAUAUUCGUGCUAUGAUUUGACAUUUUCAAAACUGUUUUUAUAUGAACGUGACAAUAUUAUUUCAAUAUUUUAUUUUGUUGUUUUAAUAUGUUUGAGUUGCAUGUGUGCGUUUGGUACCUGUUUAUGAUUUCAGACUUAUUCGUCUUCAUACGAAUUAAACAUAUAUGAUAAACGUUCAUGUAAUUGUAUAUAUGUUUUGUUUAAAAUAUUUAUUUUUUAUGAUU